AUGGGGUUCCUGGGAGUGUACCGGGCUCUCUACGACUACGUGCCCCAAGCCGAGGGUGAGCUCGCCAUCAACGAUGGGGACUUGCUUUAUAUUCUAGACAAGAAUGGCGACGAUGGUUGGUGGAAAGCAAAGAAGAAGGCCGGGGCGGACGACGAGGAAGAGCCAACCGGCCUCAUUCCUGGUAAUUAUGUCGAGGAGGCCCAACCCGUAGAGCAUGCUCGAGCUCUCUUCGAUUAUACGCGUCAGACUGACGAGGAGCUGUCAUUCCACGAGGAUGCCAUUCUGAACGUCUACGAUACGUCGGAUCCUGACUGGAUCCUGACCGGUCUAGACGGCGAGUAUGGCUUCGUCCCUUCAAACUACAUUGAGAUGGGAGCAGCUGCCGAACCUGCUCAACCUCCUUUGCCGUCGCCACCACCGGCACUUCCCUCCAGACCGCCAGCACCUUCAGUCUCUGAGCCCGAACCAGAGGCGGCAUCUCCGGAUCUACCGAACGAAACUGCGUCUCCUCCCCCGAACCCUGCCGCUGCUAUUGCGGGUGUAAUGCACAACCGGUCGGUUUCUCAACAAUCUCAGCCACCCGCAGCUCCGCGACAGCCACCUCGCGCAUCCGUCAGCUUCAGCGAACCCCCUGAAGCUGAGGAUGAGCCUGUCCGAUCGCCAACCCUGCCCGCCCGACCAAGGGUUCCCGCUCCGCCAUCGCCUUCUUAUGACGAACCUCCUUCUCCCGCAUACACCCGUAGCUUCCAACAGAGCCAUAUAGACCCAGACCGGCGCCAAGAUGUCGAGCGAACCCCUGGUGGUUUCCACAUGUACAACAUCAACGAAAUGAUCUCUAUUAUGGGCAAGAAGAAGAAAAUGCCGACAACUCUCGGAAUCAAUCUCCUGACAGGUAUGAUAUUGGUUGCUCCUGAACAUGCCUCCGAUGGGCCUUCUCAAGAAUGGACUGCCGACCGCAUGACACAUUACUCUCGAGAGGGAAAGCAUGUUUUUAUGGAGCUUGUACGCCCAAGUAAGAGUGUGGAUUUUCAUGCCGGAGCAAAAGAUACCGCAGAGGAGAUUGUUAGUAUGCUGGGUGAGUUGGCUGGUGCCGUGCGUUUCGGAGAUCUGCGUGAAACAAUCAUAGGAAAUCAAGGUAGCAGUGGGGGCAGUGGUUUGAAGAAGGGGCAGAUUCUAUAUGAUUUCAUGGCGCAAGGCGAAGACGAGGUCACUGUUGCAGUUGGAGACGAUGUGUUCGUUCUUGAUGAUACCAAGAGCGAAGAAUGGUGGCAAGUUCGCCGGCUCAAGAAUGGUAAAGAAGGAGUGGUUCCCAGCAGCUAUAUUGAAAUUACAGGCUCCGUCGCCUCGCCCUCGUCUGGCGGCAUCAACUCGGCCAAGUCACUCGUCGAACAAAACCGCCUCGAAGAAAUCAGAUUGACAAAGGCAGCCAUACAGGCUGGCAAAGAACCUCAGCAGGUAGGACCGGGAAUGCCUCUUCCUGAAAGGGGCAGUAGCCUCACAGCACGAGAAACUGAUAGUAAUUCGGGACAACAGCGGAGUCGCCGAGAAAACGAACGAAAUGAGGGCGGUAAUCAAAGCCGAUCAAAAUCCAAGCCGGACUCGUCCAAGGUUCGCACCUGGACCGACCGAUCCCGAUCUUUCAGCGUGGAAGCCCAAUUCCUUGGACUAAAGGAUGGCAAGAUUCAUUUGCACAAAAUGAACGGUGUCAAGAUUGCUGUUCCUAUCACAAAGAUGUCACGCGAAGAUCUAGAGUAUGUUGAAAACUUCACAGGUAUAUCCUUGGAAGACGACAAGCCACUGGCCGACGUCAAGCGAGCCAGGUCUGCCGAAAAGAAAUCACCGGAGCGAAGUCCCACAGCUGGUGCGACUAUAGACAAAGAUCCGAAGUCCGACUACGAUUGGUUUCAAUUCUUCCUCUCCUGCGAGGUUGCUGUGGGCUUGUGUGAGCGUUAUGCACAAGCCUUUGUUAAGGACUCUAUGGACGAGAGCGUGCUUCCCGAUGUUGAUGCCACCUCGCUGAGAACCCUCGGGAUUCGCGAGGGUGACAUUAUCAAGGUCAUGCGUACUUUGGAUGCGAAGUAUGGCCGUAACCGCGCUGGGAAGAGAGGAGCAGCUGAUGCGGCUGAUGGCGAAGGGGGCUUGUUCUCUGGUCCUGGUGGUGCAUUGCGAAAUAACACUCGCAAGGGCCGUCCUGCACCAGCAGUACAAACAAGCGAUGUUGUUGACGCCAGUGCUUUCUCUCGAGGCGACUCAUCCAAGACUGGCGAAGACGGUGCUAAAUCGCCCUCACCAGCAAGCCCCUCCAACAAGAAUUCCGAGCCUCGUCAACCACCCAGUACCGGUUUCGAUGAUGACGCUUGGGAUGUCAAGCCGAGCAAGCAACAAUCGCCACAGCCUCCUGCUGAAACAACCCAAAAGCCUGCCCCUGAGCCAGCACCCGCAUCACCACUUCCUCCAGCACUGACUGGUUCCAUGCAAGAGCUAUCUCUGCUGUCAACACCUCUCGAACCCACAAGGACAGAACCAGCACCGGCACCAGCACCGGCACCAGCACCCCCACAGGCACCUGUCAUCUCUGCGCAGCCGACCUCCUCAGCACCCACUGGGGCUACCCCGUCGUUCUUCACAUCUGUCGCGCAAGCAAGGCAACGCCCUACCCCGCCACAAGCGUCUUCCGGCCAGGGCUCUCUAGUCCCGCCCCCACCUCAGCGGCCUCUCUCAGCACCACUGUCAGCUCAGCCAAGCGGUUUCGCGCCCCCUCCCAUGAUGCCCCAGAUGACAGGUGCCCUGCAGGGUCAAGUUGCUCCUCCUGGCCAGAGUCUGAGUGAUCUUACACAAGCUCGCUUGCAACAGCAAUACACGGCUCAAAUGCAGCAACAGCAACCCCUUCAGCAAAUGCAGCCCAGCAUGACUGGAUUCCCCGGACAGCAAGCCCCUGGACAGAUGCCUUUCCAAACUGGCCCCGGACAGUUCAUGCAACCGAUGAUGACAGGGAUGCAGGGGCAGAACCAGUUCAUGCCGAUGCAAGCUCAACCCACUGGUUUCCAACAAUCGUUCCCUGCCACGCAGUCGAUGUACGGUGCUCCUACUGGAGGCAUUAACAGCUACUUGCCGCCCGCUCUUGAACCACAGCGAACUGGUAUGCCUGGUCUGCUUCCCCAAGCAACUGGAAUGUCGAACAUGGGUAAUAUGGGCGGCAUGAACAACGCGCCAACCCCCCAGCCCCUACAACCACAGCAAACUGGACCACCUCCUCCUGUUCGAUUUGGCGUGACGAAUGACGCUAAGAAACUGGCUCCUCAAGCGACGGGGCGAAGGGCCAACCUGUCGCAAGCGACUCCCCAAAAUCCUUUUGGAUUCUGA